UGGCUUUAGGUAAAGAAGUGUUGUGUUCAGUAACAGAGGAGUCUGACGUGUGGGUGUGCGUGUUCGUGCAUGUGUGUGUGGGUGUGCGUGUGUGUGUGUGUGUGCUCGAGCUGUGAAUUCGGCAGCAGCAGAAUGUACCAUUUUACUCCAUUGUAAGGGGGAAGGAGUAAGGUAUUUAAGGGAGAUUUCCUGUGUCUCCUCUGUGUCCCCCUCGGUUCGAAGCACAUGGUUCUUUCCGCUUUCCAACCAAACGACAGUAAACAGUGCUCUCAGCCACCGUAUCCCCACCCUCACCCUCACCCCCCCUCUCUCCUCCCUACCCCCGUUGCGUGAUUAGUGGGGAAGUCUUGUAUUUGGGAUAACUGACAGACAGAUCCAAACCUGAAGCUUCCCACAGCAGCUGGAUCUCUGUCUCUCUUAUUCUCUCUCUCUGCCUGUCAGCUUACCUCUGGUGGUGUGUAUCAGACACGCCCCCUCCUCUCGCUCUCUCUCUCUCUCUCUCUCUCUCUCUCUCUCUCUCUCUCUCUCUCUCUCCCUAUCUAUCUAUAUCUCCCUCUUUCUAUCCACACACAAACACACAGUCCAAACAUCAGAUGCAGAGUUCCGGGGAGUGGGGCUCUGAAUGUAGAUCAGGACCAGUUCAUAUGUGGUGGUGGUUGUAGCUGGAGGCAUAGAGGACUAGUGGCUGCACCUCUCUCUUUCUCUCUUCUUUCCUUCCUCCUCCUCUGCUUUCCCGCAGAGUUGUGGGAGCAGACGGCUCGGCUCCAACGUCUUCCUGCUCUCCGAGGAAAGUCACCCGCUGGGAAUCAAUUUAUUUUAACCCUUCGUUGGCGCUACUGCUCUUUGGGACUCUGGGAGUCUUUGGGGGAAUUUUAAAGGAGGUUUGGGUUGAUUUUGUCUGAAAUCACUGUAGUAGGAGGUAGCAGGCAGCCAUGGCGCACGCCGCUGCCCACAUUAAGAAGUCCAGAGUGGAGCUGGUGGAGCAGCAGGGUCCUGACCUGAAGGCUCUGGAGAAAGCCCGUCAGAGGAGGAUACGUUCCCGGGAACGGGCCGAGCGCAAACGCAAGUCGGACAGCAACACCAGCUUCCUGCGAGCGGCGAGGGCGGGGAACAUCGACAAGGUUCUGGAGUACCUGAAGGGUGGAGUGAACAUCAGCACCUGCAAUCAGAAUGGGCUCAACGCUUUGCACCUGGCAGCUAAGGAGGGUCAUGUGGAGCUGGUCCAGGAGCUGCUGGAGAGAGGCUCUGCUGUGGACUCGUCCACCAAGAAAGGGAACACAGCCCUCCACAUUGCCUCUCUGGCCGGACAGGCAGACGUAGUGAAGAUGCUGGUGAAGCAGGGAGCAGAAAUUAACUCUCAGUCUCAGAAUGGCUUCACUCCUCUGUACAUGGCUUCUCAGGAGAACCAUAUAGAUGUGGUACGUUACCUUCUGGAGAACGGAGGUAACCAGAGCACCGCCACAGAGGAUGGAUUCACCCCCCUGGCCAUCGCCCUCCAGCAGGGCCACAACCAGGUGGUGUCCGUCCUGCUGGAGAACGACACCAAGGGCAAGGUGCGGCUGCCCGCCCUGCACAUCGCCGCCCGCAAGGACGACACCAAGUCUGCAGCGCUGCUCCUCCAGAACGACCACAACGCCGACGUCCAGUCCAAGAUGAUGGUCAAUAGGACUACGGAGAAUGGAAAGAGUGGAUUCACGCCACUGCAUAUCGCUGCCCACUAUGGAAACGUGAACGUGUCCACAUUACUGCUGAACCGUGGGGCGGCUGUGGACUUCACAGCCAGGAAUGGGAUCACUCCCCUCCACGUGGCCUCCAAGCGUGGUAACACUAACAUGGUGCGCCUCCUACUGGACAGGGGGUCUCAGAUCGACGCUAAGACUAGGGACGGCCUCACACCUCUACACUGUGCAGCCAGGAGUGGACAUGACCCAGCAGUGGAGCUACUGCUGGAGAGAGGAGCACCUUUGCUGGCCAGGACCAAGAACGGUCUGUCUCCUCUCCACAUGUCGUCUCAGGGUGACCACGUUGAGUGUGUCAAGCACCUGCUGCAGCACAAGGCGCCUGUUGAUGAUGUCACACUGGACUACCUGACUGCGCUGCAUGUCGCCGCCCACUGCGGUCACUACAGAGUCACCAAGCUGCUGCUGGACAAGAGAGCCAACCCCAACGCUAGAGCACUGAAUGGUUUCACCCCACUGCACAUCGCCUGUAAGAAGAACCGAGUGAAGGUGAUGGAGCUGCUGGUCAAGUAUGGAGCAUCUAUCCAGGCCAUCACAGAGUCUGGCCUGACUCCCGUUCACGUAGCAGCCUUCAUGGGUCACCUCAACAUCGUCCUGCUGCUGCUACAGAACGGAGCCUCGCCUGACGUUAGCAACAUUCGUGGGGAGACUGCUCUACACAUGGCAUCCAGGGCAGGACAGGUGGAGGUGGUGCGCUGUCUGCUGAGGAACGGAGCCAUGGUGGACGCUAGAGCCAGGGAGGACCAGACACCCCUCCACAUCGCGUCUCGUCUGGGGAAGACUGAGAUAGUCCAGUUGCUACUGCAGCAUAUGGCCCACCCUGACGCCUCCACUACUAACGGAUACACACCUCUCCACAUCUCAGCCAGGGAGGGACAGGUGGACGUGGCUUCAGUACUGCUGGAGGCGGGCGCCUCACACUCGCUGGCUACUAAGAAAGGAUUCACUCCCCUGCAUGUGGCAUCCAAGUACGGAAGCCUGGAUGUGGUCAAACUUCUCCUGAAAAAAACAGCUCCCCCUGAUUCUGCUGGGAAGAACGGCCUCACACCUCUCCAUGUCGCUGCACAUUAUGAUAACCAGAAGGUGGCACUCCUGCUUUUGGACAAAGGGGCCUCCCCCCACACCACGGCUAAGAACGGCUACACCCCACUCCACAUUGCGGCGAAGAAGAACCAGAUGGACAUAGCGGUGGUGCUGCUGCAGUACGGGGCAGACACCAACAUCCUGACCAAGCAGGGGGUCACCCCUCUGCACCUGGCCUCACAGGAGGGGCACGCUGACAUGGCCGCCCUGCUCAUCGAGAAGGGGACUGAAGUCAACGUCUCCACCAAGAGUGGCCUCACCUCCCUCCAUCUUGCUGCCCAGGAGGACAAGGUGGUUGUCAGUGAGAUACUGGCUACACAUGGAGCCAACCUGGACCAGCAAACUAAGUUGGGCUACACUCCACUGAUUGUAGCGUGUCACUAUGGAAACGCCAAGAUGGUCAACUUCCUCUUACAGAACGGUGCUAGCGUCAACGCCAAAACCAAGAAUGGGUACACUCCCCUCCACCAAGCAGCACAGCAAGGAAACACACACAUCAUCAAUCUACUGCUGCAGAAUGGUGCUAAGCCCAACAACAUCACUGUGGUGAGUGGACUCGCUCCUGAACACACCACACACACACACAUCAUCAAUCUACUGCUGCAGAAUGGUGCUAAGCCCAACAACAUCACUGUGAAUGGUAACACAGCUCUGGCCAUCGCCCGGCGACUGGGCUACAUCUCUGUGGUGGACACACUCAAGGUGGUCACCGAGGAGAUUAUUACCUCGACAACCACGGUGACAGAGAAACACAAGAUGAAUGUUCCUGAGACCAUGACUGAAGUCCUGGAUGUCUCUGAUGAGGAGGGCCUGCAGACUGUACCCACGGGGCUGAAACAGAAUGAGGAUGCUAUUCUGUCAGAUGACUCCAUGGAUUUAGAAGGUGAUGACACUAUGACAGGGGACGGAGGGGAGUAUCUGAGGGCAGAGGACCUGAGGGAGCUGGGGGAUGACUCCCUGCCUGGACAGUACCUGGAUGGGAUGAACUACCUGCGCUUUAGCCUGGAGGGGGGACGCUCUGACAGUCGAAUCCAAAGUUCGGACAGGUCCUACACUCCCAGUCACCACGGUUACUACUCUCCCAAACAGGACAGCAUGAUGGAUGAGAUGUUAACCGGCCAAAACGUGUCGUCUCUUUCCAGGGAAAAUGAGAAGGACUCGUACCGUCUGAGCUGGGGCACAGAAAACCUGGACAAUGUGGCACUGUCUUCCAGCCCCGUCCACUCUGGACGUUCCUCUCCGUGCCAUGAUCAUGGCGACAGCAGCUUCCUGGUUAGCUUCAUGGUUGACGCCAGGGGCGGAGCCAUGCGGGGUUGCCGCCACAACGGCCUGCGCAUCAUCAUCCCACCGCGGAAGUGCAGCGCACCCACGCGGGUGACCUGCCGGCUGGUAAAGAGGCACCGCCUGGCCACCAUGCCUCCCAUGGUGGAGGGAGAGGGCCUGGCCAGCAGGCUGAUCGAGGUGGGGCCUGUCGGAGCCCAGUUCCUCGGUAAACUACACCUUCCCACUGCCCCGCCCCCUCUUAACGAGGGCGAGAGCCUCGUUAGCCGCAUCCUGCAGCUCGGGCCACCCGGGACAAAAUUCCUCGGGCCUGUGCUGGUGGAGAUCCCUCAUUUCGCUGCCCUGAGGGGGAAGGAGAGGGAGCUAGUGAUCUUACGCAGUGAGACAGGAGAGAGCUGGAAGGAGCACCACUGUGAACACACCGGGGAGGAACUUAACCAGAUCCUCAACGGCAUGGACGAGGAACUGGACCCUCCAGAGGAGCUGGAGAAGAAGCGUAUCUGCCGCAUCAUCACCAGGGACUUUCCCCAGUACUUUGCGGUGGUGUCCCGGGUCAAGCAGGACAGUAGCCUGAUCGGUCCAGAGGGGGGCGUCCUGAGCAGCACGGUGAUGCCUCAGGUCCAAGCUGUCUUCCCAGAGGGAGCCCUCACCAAGCGGAUCAGAGUGGGACUCCAGGCUCAGCCAAUGAAUGUGGACAUGGUGAGGAAGCUCCUGGGAAACAAGGCAACAUUCAGCCCCAUUGUGACCCUGGAGCCCCGGAGAAGGAAAUUCCAUAAACCCAUAACCAUGACCAUCCCUAUCCCCAAGAGUAACACUGACCCUGUGGUCAAUGGCUUCGGCGGGGACCAGCCCACCCUGCGCCUGCUUUGUAGUAUCACAGGUGGAACGACGCCAGCCCAAUGGGAGGACAUUACAGGAACCACUCCCCUAACAUUCAUCAACGACUGUGUCUCCUUCACGACCAACGUGUCGGCCAGGUUCUGGCUGAUAGACUGUCGGCAGGCGCAGGAGUCGGUCAGUUUCUCCACUUCAGUCUACAGGGAGACCAUCUGCGUUCCCUACAUGGCCAAGUUCGUUAUCUUCGCAAAGACCCAUGACCCCAUAGAGGCACGGCUCCGCUGCUUCUGCAUGACGGACGACAAGAUGGACAAAACCUUGGAACAGCAGGAGAACUUCACUGAGGUGGCCAGAAGCAGAGAUGUAGAGGUCCUAGAGGGCAAACCCAUUUAUGCAGACUGCUUCGACAACCUGGUCCCUCUCACCAAGAGUGGCCAGCACCAUCUCUUCAGCUUCUUUGCUUUCAAAGAGAACAGGCUGGCACUCUUCAUCAAGAUCCGAGACAACACUCAGGAUCCGUGUGGCCGUCUGUCCUUUUUGAAAGAACCCCGGUCUUAUAGAAGUCUGGCCCACAAUGCUAUAUGCAACCUGAACAUCACACUACCAUCCUACUCAAAGGAAUCUGAUUCAGACCAAGAGGCUGAGGAAGAGAUCAGCAGGACGCUCGAGAAAUAUGACGAAGACAUUACGUCGACGACAGUCCAGAAAAGAGAUCCGGACCUUCUCUCCGAUGUGUCUGAGCUGAAACAAGACCUGAUCAAAAUGACCGCUAUCCUAACCACGGAUUCCACUGACAAAUCCAGUUCUCUGGAAGGGAGCGGUCUGGAGAAAGGGGCUGAGGAGGUUCAGGGCGAGCCGUUUGAAAUCAUGGAGAAGGUCAAAGAGGAUUUGGAGAAAGUGGGCAAGAUACUCAGGAGUGGAACAUUGGAGGGUGAGGUAGCAGAGGGGGCAGCAAUAGCAGCUGGAAUGAAUGAAGAGUGGAUCCUCCUCUCAGACUGUGAGAUAGAGGAGGCCAAAAAGAUGUCUUCCUUAGAACCCCAGGAACCUAUUCUACAUGAAGUCCGAGUCAACAGAGAGAUUCCCAGACCUAAAGCCAUCAAAGACGUGUCUGGCCUGAACACACACCUGACUGGUGAACUCAAAGAAUAUCUCCUGGAUGUACCUGAGGGCUCCAGUGCAGCAGCUCAGGAGGAUGUAGUCCAAGAGAAAUUCACAGAGGUCGUCCUGCGCAAAGGCGUGAAAAGAACCACAACGACAAUAACAACAACAGCUACAAUCAAAACUCCUGCUGUUGAACUCAAAAAACCAGUCAGGAGGAAAGGAAAAGACCAGGAACAGGCGGAGGAAUCUACCUAUGGGGAUGCUCUCCUAAGUGCACCCACAGACCGUAAACCAGUGUCACCUGUGUCCCCAGUAGUUGAGGAGACCCCCAUUGGGUCCAUAAAAGACAAAGUCAAAGCCCUUCAGCAGAAAGUGGAGGCAGAGCAGAAGGGUCAAAAGCCAACUAGCACCAAACCCUCAAAGGUUGCAGUGGAGAGCAAAAUCCCUCAAAGGACCAAAGAAACCACCCUUAAAUUGAAACAGAGCCCUGCAAAACAGGACACCGCUAAACAGGGCCACCCUAAGUCCCCCAAAACUGAGUCUGAGAAGCUGCAGGAGACUAUGUCAGUAAGGGAGCUCAUGCGAUCCUUCCAAAAGGGGCAGGACCCCUCAAAGAGAAAGUCUGGACUUUUCGAGCUCAAAACCCACACCUCUACAGAGCAUGAAACAACAGAAUCAGAAUUACAGCCCAAACAGUCAAAAUCCACUAUCAAAGCCACCACAAUCCGUUACGAACGGGAAGUAUCACUGGACGCCAUUCCUGGCGAGCACCACAGAGCCAAAGAUGAGCAAAUUAGCCCACAUAGAAAGCACUCCAAAGACUUUGGUGCUGAAAUUAAAGCAGAGCUUGAGGACAAUCCAGAGUACCAACAGUUUAAGCAGACCUCUGUAGAGGGUAGUCCUGCUGCCCAGUCAGACCUAACUGAAACCGUAGAGUUUCUGAAUAUUUCCCUCUAUGAUAGCUCUGAUAGUUUGAAACAUGAGAGCGUGGCAGACUCUCCCAGUGCCAGCCUGGGUGAUGGUAGUCCUCCUCACCUUAGCUCAGAGGAUAGCCUUAAACACGAGGGCUUAGCCACCCCUGGAACAAGCCCUGACAGUCUCUCCCUCUCUCCAAAAAAUGCUGACCAGUCCACUAAAAACUCAACAGCUGCUACUAUAGCUGUCAAAGGUGACAAUAAAACCAAGGACAAGUCUGGAGACUCCGGUGUGGCGACCACUGAUGACCAGCCAUCAACAGAAAUGACCCUUCCUGUCUCUCCCAGUGAGGCUGCAGACGACCGCACCACGAGUGAGUCCAUAUAUUUUCAGACGGGCGAGUCUAAGCCAUAUAAAACGAGAAAGCUUACAAAGAGAGUUUCAGAGACUUUAGAGAGCUUCCUUAGGGAUGAGGAGAGCCCUGUUGACAAGCUAGCAUCAGCUGUAGCUAUGACCUUUGCUUCUAGUUCCUCUACCCAGCAUCAAGGAAGCUUAGAAUUGCCUUUAAAAGACCCUGAUACCCUCAGUCCCUUAGCCGACGAAUCUUUGACCAUAAGCCACAGAGACUCUCUAGACGAGGAUAGUCCCCUCAUGGAAGACGACUCCUCCCAUAGGACCCCAGACUCCAUCGAGCCCAGCCCAACAAAGGAAUCCCCCUGUUGUGACUCCUUAGAAAGCAGCCCUGUAGAGCAGAAAACGUUCCCUCCCGUUCUAGAUCAGCCCAGUGGGUCCUCUAGACACCCAGAACCCACCAAAGCCUCAGACUUCCCCCCAGACGUGUUGCGUAGUAGGCUACGUAGGGACCAGGAGGCUAGUGCCAACGAUGAUGACAGUAUCGAGCAGACUUCGUCCCAGAUGGAAAGUUCUGGUAAGAGUCCCCUCUCCCCCGAAACCCCUAGUUCUGAAGAGGUAAGUUAUGAGGUAAACCCCAAAACCCCUGACCACAUGUACCUAUCUGUGGUGUCCAUACCAGCUUUCAUCCCCGAAUACUCAGAGGAAGAGGAUGAUGAGGCAGAAGCACAGAGGAAAUUCAUCCCAGAGGAUGAGAUGUUUAAAAUGUCAGCCCCCCAAAAAACAUUUGAGGAAGUGGACCAGGACACCAGAGCCAAAAAGAACUCUAGAAAAUAUAUAAUUGCCUUGGCAGGUGAUGAAGCAGGGGAUGAUAGCUUCAAAACAGUUGAACUAGAGUCCGCAAAUGAGAGUGGGCUCAAUAGGGCCAAGGAGACCUCAGAGUUAGCUCUUUCUGUUGAAUCCCUUAUUAAAGUACAACCUCCCUCUCCUUUUCCAGCAGGUGUGCAUGAAGGAAUCCACCACACAGAAGCCAAGAGCACAGCUACAAUGCUAGCAGUGGAGGGACCUCAAUCUGUCUCAGAGCAGCAUGUCCCACAAUCAGUUCAGUCACGCAAAGACAUUGAUGACACGGAAGACAGUUUAGCUAAAACGGUUACCGUGUCUUCUAGCUCUGAGGGGGCUGCAAACAUAACCGAUGAGCAGAAGGAGGAAAGUUUGAGGAAAUCAAGAGAAAGCCAGGAGGAUGACAGGGGAGGGAAAGAAGCAGAUGCAGGCAGUCUGCAGACAGCUGCUGUAAAAGCUCCCUGUCAAAUAGAGAGUAAUAUAACUGAUGAAGUGAAAGGAGAUCACAGGAGGCACUCAGGAGCUCCUGAGGUAGAAACGUCCUCCACUGCUGUCAUUGGACAAGUGAGGGAAACAUUCAAACCCGAGAUCUGUAUCUACGAUGACACAGAGGAAGACGAUGAGGAAGAGGAACCUCCCAGAACCGAGUCAAAGGGCGUAACCGCCAGAGCAGAGGCAGACCCUUGGAGUGCCAUGCGCGAAGACGAUGAUGCUUUUGCGGCCCGCGUCAAAGAGGAAGAACAGAAGAUCUUGGGUCUGAUUGUAGACCGGCAGUCCCAGGGGGCAACCCCGGACACCACCCCAGGAAGGAGCCCCACGGAGGAAAGCACGCCAACCAGCGAGCCCAAUCCAUUCCUCUUCCAAGAGGGGAAGCUUUUUGAGAUGACUCGGAGCGGAGCUAUUGACAUGACCAAAAGGAGCUAUGAGGACGAGGGCUUUGCCUUCUUCCAGAUAGGCGAGCAGCCCCUAGAGGAGGCGCCAGCUGAACAGGUCAAAGAUGAGCCAGGAGAUAGAGGAGUCCAAACAGAAAGUGAAAUCGGACUCAACCUGACUCUGCAAAUAAAAGUGGAGGAAGACGAGGAACAGGCGAAAGAUGCUUCAGAUCCCACAUACCGUGCCUCGACAGAGGACGAUCAGAAAGGUAGUGAAGCUGCAGCUGCCUCCCCCUCAAAAUCAGAUGCUUCUAAGUCUAGAAUCCCUAGAAUGGGUCUUUCUGCCUCAGCUAAGACCACUAAGAAAGACAAAGACCCAGUAUCACCAGUGUCUCCUGAAACUGUAGAGGUGAAACCAGACAUAAUUGUAGAGGAGACCCCCCUAGAGGUAGAAACUAGUUCCCUCGAUCCAAUGAUAACAGAUGUUGAGACAGCAGUAACCACUGUCACUCGAUCAGUGUACCCAGAACAGGACCAAGAGUCCUCUGACUCCUCUCCAGAGGAGCAGCAUUCGGUCAUAGAACUCCCCCAAACCACAGAAAAGACCAAAACCCCAACUUCUACUGAAAAAGUUCCAAAGAUCCCAACUAAAACCCCAGCCAAGGCUGGCCCCCAAAGUCAGAUUAGAACUGCUUCCUCCUUUACAUCCCCUGCAUCCCCCUCUUCAGGUAGUCCUAAAAGAGAGACUCCCGCUUUAGAGUCCAAAUCGAGAAUACCUGUCAAGGGCAAGGCUAUCCCUGUCAAGCCUGAGCCAUCAGUUAAACGUACUGAGUCAUCCCAGGACGCAAAGCUCAAGGUCCCAGUAAAAAAGGACUUGAGGAGAAAGUCUGAGACAGAUACAGGUCCCUCUGCUGUACCCAAAACCAAGACGUCGUCUUCCAAAGCCAAGAGCUUCUGUGAGGCAGACAAGUCAUCAUCUAAAAAGGACCUGGGUCGUCCCAUGAGCGAUGACUACUCCACCAAGCCAAAGUCGGGCUUUGGUUUCCAAUCUAGGCUGCCAGUUAGAGGCAAGCUUGGUCAGACAUCUCACACUUCCACCCCCGCCAAAGACAAAAGCGAGCCGCGCAAGAAGUCUAUAGAGUUUGUCGAUAAGAUUAGCGACGAAGUUACAAAGCCAGUUGAGAGAUUUCCUCAGGACGAGAAAAACAAAGAGCAGGAGGCUGCUGUCUCGAAUGAUGAGAGCAGCGGCAUAGACCCUUCUGUCAUAGAGAGGGAGACUUUUCCCCAAAUACAGUUCCCUGCUUCCGGAGAUGUCUAUCCCAUUAGACCCCUGUGGGAUGACCCUGUUGACACGCAGAUGCAACGGAUUCCCGACGAUACAAUCAGAAGUCAAGUAGAUUCCCAGCAUGAAGCCGAGAGGAAAGAGGAACGGUUGGAAAUAAUAGCCGACCACCUGGGCUUCAGUUGGACGGAGCUGGCUCGAGAACUGGAGUUCAGUGAGGAGAAAGUCAAUCUAAUAAGGCUUGAGAACCCCAAUUCACUACAGGACCAAAGCCACGCCCUGCUGAAGCUCUGGACUGACAGGGAGGGUAAAAAUGUCACAGAAACAUCACUGAUCAAAAGACUAACCAAAAUCAACAGAAUGGACAUUGUCCACCUCAUCGAAACCAAGAUGGUCAAGUCCACCCAGGAGGACACAUCACACACCUAUGCAGAGAUUGAGAGGACCAUUGCACUGGAUCACAGUGAAGGUUUCUCUGCCCUCCAAGAGGACAUAGACAGUCCGCGGCCAGGCAGGCGUACAGACAGCACCCCCAGUGGGUCAGGGUCCAGGCAGGGGCCCCUCGUGGUGUCAGAGGAGGACCUCUCCUCCAGCAUUUCGUCACAUCACGAGACUUCAGGGCGGGUGGAGACAGACGAAUCAGUAACAGGCCUCCUGAGACACGUCCAGAAGGAGAAGCUGCAGAAAGAGAUGGAUUCGACACAUUCUGUGGGCGGUACAUCAGAUACUGGACCGGAGAAGGCUGAGUCACUACAUAUGGGCACUUUCAAACAAGAGAUAAAUGAGGAGCUAGGGUUGCUGUCAUCGGAUAACUCAGAGGAAGAGGUGUUAACCUCCAGGGUGGUCCGACGCAGAGUUAUCAUCCAGGCGGAUGACCUGCCAGACAUCCCUCCCCAGACAGUUACAGAAGAACAGUACAUGGAUGAGCAAGGAAACAUGGUAGUCAAGAAGAUCACACGGAAGGUGAUCCGUAAGUACUUCUCUCCAGACGGUGUGGAGAGAGAGGAGGUGACGGUGCAGGGAUCUCAGCAGGAGAUGGUCAGCGUGGAGGAGGGAGACUGCUUCAACAAGGUGGUGAAGAGGACAGUGGUCCGGAGUGAGGGAGAUCAGACUGAGUUGACCUUCUCGGAGCCCCUUGCCCUGGGGGCCACCACGGCCUCGGAGACCGAGUCAGAGCAGGCGCAGGGUCGAAAGGUCAGCAAGGUGGUCAAGACGACGGUAGUGAGGGGCGAGAGGAUGGAGAAGCAGACGGGUGACCCCUCGCUGGCCGCAGACCUCCCCUCAGCCAAACAGGACUUUGAGAAGGCAUUGAGUUAUGCUGGAGGCUUUGGGAAAAUUCAACUUCCCCAUUUAGUAGAAAAAGAGGUUGUGAAGGAGGACGGUUGUGUUGUCAAAAGAACCCAGAUGCGUAAGUCUCGUACCCAGAAGAGGACUGUGGCGAUGGAUGCCCAGGGUAAGCAUGUGCACCUGGAGCGGCUGGACGACACCCCAGAGACCCUGCAACCCGAUGCCCUUCAGCAACACCUGCACUUGCUGCUCCAACACUAUUGCGCCAAGGAGGAGGAGGGAGGAGAGAAGGAGAAAGAGGAGGAGAGGAGAAAGAAGAAGUGAUGGGCUUUUUUGAUUUGCUGGCUGAGUUGUGUGUCUUCCCUUUUGGCCUCGCCCCCAAUGCUACAUAAGCCUCCUAUCCACAAAAAACCCAUGAAGUCUUGUAAGCUAUUCUCUACCACAACUCUGACCCCUCUGACCCCUAACGACCCUUAACCUUUACCAGCCAGACUUCCCCUGCUAAAGACACUGGAUUACGUUUUGGUUUCAAUUUUUGUUUUUCCCUUUUAGUGAAACAGUUUAUUAUUUUAUUUUUUUGCUUUUGACUUGUUUCCAGUUUUUUUUGCUCAUUUUGUGACCAAAGAUGGCACCCCCUUUCUCGUCGGGUGACUUAGAAUAUAUAUUUUUGUCGUUAUCCUUUUGUUUGGUUCUUGUAGUUUUUGGCUGCUGUGGUACAAUAAAAAAGAACAACACAAAAAAAAUGCAACGAAUGAAAACAGCUACAGGAAAUGUAUGAAGAGGGUGCACCUCGCACGUUUGCCUCAUGCAGAGGCCUCUUUCUGAAGGAACGAUUGUAAACAUUUGUAAAUAGAGAAGACUGGUAGAAAACAUAACAAACAGCAAUUCAAAAGCAUUUGUUACAUUUGUCCCACGGUACCUGCUGUACACGUACGUGUACCAAUCUGUUCUGUGGUCAAGGGUGAAGGGUCUUGACCCUUUUCAUCCGACUAUCAAGAGAUUGUUACAUAGGAGUCCGUUGUCAUAAACAGUUUUGGAGAGAUACUGUUUUAAAGGAGUGAAUGCCAUAGUCUUUCAUCAAGGACUUUUGAAUCAGAUGAGCGCAAAUACGCUGUGAUCUGAACCCCCAUUUUACUGAAGCAAAUCAUCCCCAUAUAACCCUCCACUACAGUUCAGUUUAAAAAGUUGGCUCAAGGUGGUUACGUGUGUAAUGAUGUGGUGUCGUUUCUUUUACAUGAGCUUUGUGAACACACGUUCAGCCCCAGCCCAGGUACAGCCCCAGGUACUGCCCCAGGUACAGCCCCAGGUACUGCCCCAGGUACUGCCCCAGGUACUGCCCCAGGUACAGCCCCAGGUACUGUCCCCAUCUCCCUGUUUUUCUCUGUCUGUUUCUGUCUUAUGGGUGUUGUGUAGUCAAACUUCCUUCUGAGCAGUGCAUCAGACUGCUGCCACCUAUGUGUGUGUGUGUGCGUGUGUGCGCACGUAUGUACGUGAGUGUGUUUGUGUGUUAGUUCAUAGUAUCCUCACUGACAUUGCGACCUGCCAUUUUCGAAAUAAAUUAUCCAGAAUGUUCUCUUUUCUUGUCCUUCAUGUACGCUCUUUUAUCUUCCAUUACUACACCUACAGGUCAUACCACUAGGUACGUCGCCCCUCCUUCCCUCCCAUUACUACACCUACAGGUCAUAACACUAGGUACGUCGCCCCUCCUUCCCUACACCUACAGGUCAUAACACUAGGUACGUCGCCCCUCCUUCCCUACACCUACAGGUCAUAACACUAGGUACGUCGCCCCUCCUUCCCUCCCAUUACUACACCUAUAGGUCAUAACACUAGGUACGUCGCCCUUCCUUCCCUCCCAUUACUACACCUACAGGUCAUAACACUAGGUACGUCGCCCCUCCUUCCCUCCCAUUACUACACCUACAGGUCAUAACACUAGGUACGUCGCCCCUCCUUCCCUCCCAUUACUACACCUACGGGUCAUAACACUAGGUACGUCGCCCUUCCUUCCCUCCCAUUACUACCCCUACAGGUCAUAACACUAGGUACGUCGCCCCUCCUUCCCUCCCAUUACUACACCUACAGGUCAUAAUACUAGGUAGGUCGCCCCUCCUUCCCUCCCAUUACUACACCUACGGGUCAUAGAACUAGGUACGUCGCCCCUCCUUCCCUCCCAUUACUACACCUACAGGUCAUAACACUAGGUACGUCGCCCCUCCUUCCCUCCCAUUACUACACCUACAGGUCAUAACACUAGGUACGUCGCCCCUCCUUCCCUCCCAUUACUACACCUACAGGUCAUAACACUAGGUAUGUCGCCCCUCCUUCCCUCCCAUUACUACACCUACAGGUCAUAACACUAGGUACGUCGCCCCUCCUUCCCUACACCUACAGGUCAUAACACUAGGUACGUCGCCCUUCCUUCCCUCCCAUUACUACACCUACAGGUCCUAACACUAGGUACGUCGCCCCUCCUUCCCUCCCAUUACUACACCUACAGGUCAUAACACUAGGUACGUCGCCCCUCCUUCCCUCCCGUUACUACACCUACGGGUCAUAACACUAGGUACGUCGCCCCUCCUUCCCUCCCGUUACUACACCUACGGGUCAUAACACUAGGUACGUCGCCCCUCCUUCCCUCCCAUUACUGCACCUACGGGUCAUAACACUAGGUACGUCGCCCCUCCUUCCCUCCCAUUACUACACCUACGGGUCAUAACACUAGGUACGUCGCCCCUCCUUCCCUCCCAUUACUACACCUACGGGUCAUAACACUAGGUACGUCGCCCCUCCUUCCCUCCCGUUACUACACCUACGGGUCAUAACACUAGGUACGUCGCCCCUCCUUCCCUCCCAUUACUACACCUACAGGUCAUAACACUAGGUACGUCGCCCCUCCUUCCGUGCCAUCUCAUCCAUCUAUCAAUUACUUUGAUUAAAGGUAGACUCAGCAAUAUGACGAGGAUGCAGAAAGUAAACAUAGUGGGUCAAUUUCCACAACAACUAAGAGCGUGGAAGCGUGAGGCUCAACUUCUCUGCUGUUUUGGUCCUGUGGCUUCCACUCUGUGAACAGCCUGAAGCAAACCUGUGCACAUGUGCAGAUACUGGGUGUGACUAUGUGAGAGCAAAGUCUUGCAUCUCACUAUCUGCGGUGCUGCUCGUGGCCACAUCAUUUCAUUGAGUCUUUCUUUAAGCCUGUUAAGAUUUGUACAAGCAAGUAUAGGACAGGGAGAGACCAGUGUGCUGUAGUUGUUCUGUUUAAUUUGCUGUUGUUGAUUAGAUUUUUUUCUGUUGGUUUUAUGGUAUCCAAUAAAUGGUGAUAAGAUCGGCACAUCAUCUUGAGUUUCUGGCCGAUUAUUUUUGGUCUGCUUCGUGUUUGCGUGUGUUGGUAGCGUGGAGAUGGAAGAUCCUUGGCCCUUUGACAUGCAUUAUUUCUUGCUCAAUGGUAUGUUUCCACAAUCUUGUUCUGAGGGCAGAUUGGUUGGAAGGCCAAGGGAUGGAGCUUGAGCUAUAUGAUUGGUUAACCAGUGUGUCAGAGGAAACACUGUACACCUGGCAACCAUGUCAGCAUGCACUGCAUCUGGCCCACCACACGAGUCACUAGUGCACAAAGACAUCCCUGCCAGCCAAACCCUCCUCUUAUCCAGACUAUACUGGGCCAAUUGUGUGCCACCACAUGGAUCUCCCAGUCGUGGUGAGCUGUCAGAGACAGUGCCUGGACUCGAACCCAGAAUCUCUAGUGACACAGCUAGCACUGCCUUAGACCACAGUGCCACUCAGGAGUCCACAUUACCUUAGAAAGUAAACUGUUCAUCAUUUCUUUUGACUGGUUAGAUUCAAAAGACCUAAACUUCCAGCUGAUGGUGUGUGCCUGAGUGGCAGAGGGUGUAAGACAUAGACUGGGAUUUGAACUAGGCAACCUAUCUUUUGUUUCCCUCACAUUCCUUGCCUAAAUGUUCUGCCCUCAGAACAAGCUCUACUGUUAAUUACCAUCCAAGCAAUAUCAUUGUGAUUUUGGCCCCCACAGACUUGCAAGGCCUAUUCAUUUCAACUGGUAUACGUGGGGGUGGAGUAAACACGGAGCAGACUUCUGCGGAUUACCUAUUUGCCAAGUUUAAUUUUGUUUCUACGUAUUUAUGGAUGUCCAGCCAAGCUCCUCUCCUCCUCCAGUGUGCGGAGACAUGGGUGUGUUUUAUGUUUUGUGUGAGUGCAAGUUGAAGAUGGGAAAGGGAAUUUCAAUUAAAACUCUUCAACCGAUAAGUUGCCAUUGUACGCAAGGCUUCACAUGAAUUCUGAAACGCUCUAGAAACCAUGACUGAAACCAGAAACCAGAACUGACAUGGAUGUACAGUAAUCUUGGGCUGGCUGGCUGAAAGCAUCGUUGGGUGUUAUCUGUGGUACAGACUUUAAUCUAUGUAAUCUAAUAUUACAGUUCAUCACUUUGCCAAUUUACUUUGUGUGAUCAAAAUCAAAGAAAACAAAAAAAAGUCUAACUUGCAUUUGAUUUUAUGAAUCCGCAUCUUGUUUCCAUGGUGAUAAGAAUAUUACACACAUAUAAAUAUCUAUGAGGGCAUGUAUUAGUUAAUAAUAAAGGAGUGGAAAGUCUGAAUGGCUAACAUGGCAUAGCAGCUACAGUGUAUGUGGCAGAAUAUUAAAUUGUACAUGUGUCAAAUGUGUGGUGUGGUUGUCAUUUUUACUAACCAUGCUUUGAAGGAUUACACUACAGCCAUUAGAAGUCUCAUGUAAUGGAUUUUUAUUUGUUUAUUACAGUGAUCACCUCACAAACUUUAAGCUAUGGGCAAAGUGACAUGGAAAUAAGAGAUUUGGCAGAAAUCACAUUUUAUUUGAUAUUUCUUAAACAUCUAUCAGUCCUUUCUCAUCAUGGCAACAAUAUACACUUUGUCCCAUAGUACAGUUCAACGUAACUUUAAAAAAAAACUAUUGUCUCACCAUUCCUGUAGGUAUAAAUGGGGGAAGUAAUGGUUCUUAACACCACAGUGGACAUCCUAAUGGCAAACCUACACAGUGCCUUUAAUCCCAAAAUUCUAGGUUGACCCUGAUUCAAUUUUACUGCAUCUCUAACUCCCUUACAUUUCCAUCAGCAAAACCAACCUAAACACCCAUUUAUGAAAAUAUCUACCAACUAGGAAAAACUAACCAGAACAAUGUGAUCCCAUAUGACCGUCUCCCUUCUCAGUAUAAAACAUUGUGUGUUGCAACUUGUCAAGUAGAGUAACUAACACCCAGGUGUCAGUGGUAAAAGGCUAUUUGUCUUCCAUAGGUUCUUAUGCAUGGACACGGGGUUGGGGAGAGAGGAGAUGCUACACUAAAGAAAUAGAAUCAUUCGCGAUACAUGAAAGGGUCAACAGUUCCCC